AUGGCUGCGGCAGUGAUCAAGGAAGCAAAACCAAUAUCUUCUCAAUCUGAAGUUGAGUUUGCAAAAUGCGCCUGUUGCGGAUUCUCGGAGGAGUGCACUCCAGCUUACAUUUCUCGGGUGCGAGAGAGGUAUGGCGGUCGUUGGAUUUGUGGAUUGUGUGGAGAGGCUGUUAAAGAUGAGACUCAUAGGGCUAAAACAGAUAUUAGCACUGAUGAGGCAUUGAAACAGCACAUGAAGUUUUGCCAACAGUUUAGAUCUUCGACUCCUCCAAGGAAUUCCACUGAGGAAUUGAUUUCGGCUGUGAAACAGCUGCUUCGACGAGUGGGAUGGUUUAAGUGUAAUGGUUAUGCCAUGACAUUAGAUUGA